AUGACCUCCUUAGCGGCUAAAGUGGGUGUCGGAAGUGAAAACAAGAAGACCGUCAUUGCACCUGAGCGGUUACUGGGACCCCAUGGAAUUUCGGCUCAAAGGGCCGCUGUUUCUUUCUUCUUGAAAUGCGCCACGGGGCAAAGCGCUCGAGCCUUGGCCGAGGGCGAGUACCACUCCGCGACAAACGUCAACAGGGUGGUGCCGGGCUGUGGCCCCAAAGCCAUCGUAUGGGGCAAAUAUGACGACCAGGGGACGACAACCUACUUCUUCCUGGGCGUGUUCCACGACAUGGACUUUUCAUCGCCCCCCAAGCCAGACGAGAUCAUGACUGUCGUAGCAGAGCUCCACAAGCGAGGAACCUCGCCCAACGGAAUGUUUGGGUAUCCCGUACCGGUUGUUUGCGGUCGCAUGGAAAGAACCGUGACUUCGACAGGCAGCUGGGCCGAGUCGUUCACACUCCAGCUCAAGGACGUCAUCAAGUAUGACAACGAUGCGAACGGUCCUUGGCCAGAGUACGAUGUCGUUUGCAAGCAGCUUAUCGACGCGGUGAUUCCACGCCUCCUUGGGGCCCUGCAGUCCGAGGGCAGAGACAUCAAGCCGACGCUCGUACAUGGAGACCUGUGGGAGAGGAAUGUGGGAAGGGAUACGGAAACAGGAAAGAUCCUCGUCUUCGAUCCAGGUUGCACAGAUGCGCAUAAUGAGAUGGAAUUCGGCACCUGGCGGUGCACAUGGGCAUCCUAUUUCAACUCGCCGGCAUACAUGCGCAUGUAUCAGCGCUACAUCAAGCCAUCCGAGCCAGUCGACGAGUGGGACGAUCGAAACCGGUUGUACAGCAUGCACCCAUACCUGAAUGAUUCAGCGGGUCACCCUGGAAGCCGAUCGCGGCAAAUAGCAUACAAUGACAUGGUGUACCUGAUCGAGAAGUACGCGCCGUUAGAGGGUCUGGAGAAGUAUGACCCUGAGAAAGACAUCAGUGUUACCGGCGCUUAUACGGAUUUCACAAUAAAGCAGCUAAAAUAA